AUGCAAGAACCAACCUAUGACCCUAGCCGUCCUAUGCCCGCACUCGAGAUUGCCUACUCGUACAAGCUAGUUGGCAUCCCUAACAAGAGUAUUGUCAGCUUGCGCGUUGAAUUCCCACCCAACGGAUCAACUCCCCCGCAUCGUCACGCGGGUGCAAACGUCGGUGUUUAUGUGCUCAAAGGGACGGUUCUCAAUAAAAUGAAUGACGACCCUAUGAAAAUCUUUAAAGAAGGUGGAACCUUUUUUGAAGCACCCGGCUGUCACCAUCGCAUCAGCGAUAAUGCUAGCAAGACCGAGCCAGCGACAAUCAUUGCUACCAUGGUCACCGACACUGACGCCUUUGAGAGGGAUGGGAUGGCGGCGCUUAUCCAGAUUGACGAGGAGUACCGGAAAUGA